UAAAAUUAUAAUUUUUAAUUAUGGAUGAUGAUUAUGAUGAUGAUGACGAGCAUGAGUUCGUCUCAAAGAAAGUAGAGAUUAUAGCACAAAAUGCCAUUAAUUCUGUCGUACAAGGUGAGCAAAUCACCUACGCGAAGGAAAAAGUCAAUGACUGGUGAAGACAGAUUAUUGAGGGCUGACUCAAGGAACUUGCUAAGUUAGAAAAGAUGUUCAAAUAUGUGGUGACUUGAAUUAUACAGCAGAAAAAUGGAUGAGGCCUUCAGACCGCAGCAACUGCCUUUUGGAAAGAUGACACUGAUGGCCUUAUCGGAGUCGAAGUAGAGACUCCAACCUUCUCCUGUAUAGUGACAAUCUUUGCAAUUAGCAUCUAG